AUGAUCUUAGUUGGAGCCGGGAAGACGAAAGAAGGGGCGUCGAUAAGCGGAAGCUGGUUCUUCUGGCUUACCAUUAUUCUGCAGUUUAUCUUCAUGGUCGUCGUAUGUGUAGUGUUCAUGUUUGAAGUUGAGAAUCUUCUCACGAUGGGAAGAGAUGCCUGGCCUGUGCUGGUAAGACGACAACGUGGUUACUUGUCUAAUACAGCAGCCAUCCUGUACUCAUAUUCUUGUUUUAGGAAAUUGGUUAUUCUGGAGCGUUCUUCUGUGCUACAGUAAUCGAUAUGUUCAUUGUUGGAUCAUGGAAUAAGUCAGGCGUAGACGGGACAUUCUUGGCGGCCGCGGUAAGUGUUUCUGCCAGUGUUGAUCCAAAUUUUAGUUACCGAAGUAAUGAAAAAUUUUUCAGCUGUUUCUACUCCUUUUGGCGCUCUUACAUGGCUUUGCAGGCUUUAUGAUGUUCCGGAUUUGGAGGGGAUUUGUACGAUCCGGAGCCAGUCAGAACCCCACAACCCCCAAUAUUCAACCAGGAGACGUCGGGAAUAUGCAUCCUGGGGUUUAA